AAACAGGGUGGUAAGUCAGCUGACUUUCGCUGUUCCCCCGGCUCCUGCGCAGCUUGGUGUGUGCGGACCGUGAAGGACUUCGAAACGAGGGGAGUAGUUCUGUAGAAAUCCUGCCCAAGAAGAUGAAGAAAAACAGAGAAAGAUACUGCAACAGAGAGAGGGAAUUUGUAUAUAAAUUCAAAGUGGGAAGUCAAUGCUUAGAACUGAGGGUGCCCCUCAAAUUUCCUGUUCAAGAGAAUGCCAGUCAUUUACAUGGACGUCUGAUGCUGCUACACAGUUUACCAUGCUUUAUAGAAGAAGACUUAAAAGAAGCUCUGAGUCAGUUUAUAGAAGAAGAAUCCCUCAGAGAUUAUGAUAGAGAUGCUGAAGCAUCUCUGGAAGCUGUGAAAUCAGGUGAAGUGGAUUUACAUCGGCUGGCAAGUUCAUGGGCCAAAGCUUAUGCCGAGACCACCUUAGAGCAUGCAAGGCCUGAAGAGCCCAGCUGGGAUGAAGAUUUUGCAGAUGUGUACCAUGACCUGAUCCAUUCUCCCGCCUCUGAAACUCUCCUAAAUUUGGAACAUAAUUACUUUGUUAGUAUCUCAGAACUGAUUGGUGAAAGAGAUGUGGAGCUGAAAAAACUGAGAGAGAGACAAGGUAUUGAAAUGGAAAAAGUGAUGCAGGAACUGGGAAAAUCACUGACAGAUCAAGAUGUGAAUUCACUGGCUGCUCAGCAUUUUGAAUCCCAACAAGAUUUAGAAAAUAAAUGGUCAAAUGAAUUAAAACAAUCAACUGCCAUCCAAAAGCAAGAGUAUCAGGAGUGGGUAAUAAAACUUCAUCAAGACCUAAAAAACCCGAACAACAGCUCCCUCAGUGAGGAAAUUAAAGUUCAACCAAGUCAGUUCAGAGAAUCUGUAGAAGCAAAUGGAAGAAUUUAUGAGGAACAGAGAAAGUUAGAAGAAAGCUUUACCAUUCACCUAGGGGCCCAGUUGAAGACCAUGCAUAAUUUGAGACUGCUGAGAGCAGAUAUGCUGGACUUCUGUAAGCACAAAAGAAAUCAUCGAAGUGGUGUGAAACUCCACCGACUCCAGACGGCACUAUCACUUUAUUCCACAUCUCUCUGUGGCCUGGUUUUAUUAGUUGAUAAUCGAAUCAAUUCAUAUAGUGGUAUUAAAAGAGAUUUUGCCACAGUUUGCCAAGAAUGCACUGACUUCCACUUUCCACGAAUUGAAGAGCAACUGGAAGUUGUCCAGCAGGUGGUACUUUAUGCAAGAACCCAACGCAGGAGUAAGUUGAAAGAAUCACAUGAUUUCGGAAACCAAAACGGAGGAAGUGAUGACAAGACUAAAAAUGCUGAUAGAAACUAUUUAAAUAUUUUACCUGGAGAAUUUUACAUCACACGGCAUUCUAAUCUCUCAGAAAUACAUGUUGCUUUCCAUCUUUGUGUGGAUGACAAUGUGAAGUCAGGAAACAUCACUGCUCGUGAUCCUGCCAUUAUGGGGCUCCGAAAUAUACUCAAGGUUUGCUGUACCCAUGACAUCACAACAAUAAGCCUUCCUCUCUUGCUGGUGCAUGAUAUGUCAGAGGUCAAGAAGUUUAUUCUCCAAACUCAGACAAGUCUACACAGAAUAUAGACGUAAUAUUUGUUUAGCUCUGAUGCAGAGAUCCCAAGCAUUUUCAGGUGUUGUUUUCUUCCGGUUACAAACAGAAUUUCUAGACACUCAGUUACCACAUUUUAGUAUGUUCAAGGUGUAAUGAUGAUAAUGUCUGAAACAGCCUGUAUCCUAUGGUAGAUAAAAAGAGCUGAAGAAAGACUGAUAUUACCAGUUUUAUCUCUAUAGUCUUUAUGAUCUGAAGAUACUGUCAUAUUGGGGUCAUCUAACCUGAUGGAUAUAGAAUAAACCUGCAAGUCAAGAAUCCUGAGUUCUUGACUUCCUUUUAUUUUUACUAUUAACUUGAUGAAUAAUUUGGGUCUAAGGGGGUUUAGUUAUUGUAAUUGUUGUGGCUGAUGAGGAUGUUAAAUUUUGUUUUUAAAUUAUUUUAGAAUAUAAUACACAUGUAAAAAGCAUACAUAUCAUAAUUAUGUAGCUCAAAUUUUUGGAACCUGAGCACCCAUGUAACCAGUAGGCAGAACAUAGCAUAGCAUUGCCAACGCCCCAGAAAGCCACCACCUUCACAAUCCCUUCCAGUCACUUAAACCUCACUCCCCUCCACAAGGGUAGCCACGAUUAUCACUCUGAAAAUCAUAGAUUAGUUAGUUGUUUGUUUUUGUAGUUUACGUAAGUGGAAUCAUAUAGAAUAUGCUCCUAUAUCUGGCUUCUUUCACUCAAUAUUGUAUUUGUGAAAUUUAUCCACAUUAUUGCUGUGGUUAUAUAUAGGUCGUGCAUUCUCAUUGUUAGGUAUUACUCCAUUGUGACUAGGCCACAUUUAACCAUUAUACUAUUUAAGGACAUUUGGGUAGUUUUCAGGUUUUGGUAAUGACUAAUGUUGCUGUGAACAUAUUAGCACAUGUAUCUUGACACUUCUGUUGGGUGUCUAGUUAGGGAUGGAAGUGUUAGGUGUUUGGUAUGCAUGCAUAUGUUUAGCUUUGGUAGAUAUAGUUGGAUUAUUUCCCCAAAGUGGUUGCACCUAACCCCUUGUUUUUGAAUGUGAAAAAAAAGAAAGCCAGGCUCUUCCUCACCUUCUGAUAAUAGCUGUGAAACUGAAUAAUACAAGAAUUCAGGUACCUCAGAGGCACAUACCUGAAAGUAAAGAAUAGUCAGUUUCCCACAUGGGUAUAUAAACUAAGAAAAUAAGUCUGAUAUGUAACUUUUAAGACAUAGAGUGAAGACCUAAAAGUAUAUACCAACUAAAUCUUAAUCACCUCUGCAGUGCAAGCUUACCCUAAUCAAAAAUUCAAAUUGCGUGGUUAAAGUAUGGCAUUUACUUUAGAUAGAAGGUGUGGUCUGCAGUUAGACUCAGCUGGACAUUUUCAUCUCAGUUUCACAGGUUUAGAAGUUACUCUCUGUGCAGUGUCCACUGACCAUCUAAAGUAUAGCCAUAGGGCCCAGUUUUCUGCUUCAUGUGCAAAGUCUGAAGUGUUUCACAUGAUCCAUUCAGCUUCUUCAGUGGAUUUCUUUCACAGCAUGUUCUCACUGGCGUGACAGUAAGAUACACUCGCUUUGCCAUUACUUAGAACUCAACAGCCAGUGCCUUUCUGUACUGUGACCUGACCCAUUAUGCUGUAUACCCCAUUCACUGUAUAACAUAUACUGAGAUUUCUUUCCAGAAGAGAGCUCCUUGUGAGACUGCAGGCCACAUCCCAUAUGUUAUGUCUUCUCCUGACUUUAUCAGUUUCUAAGCUACAGUUUACCUUUUCCAGUAACUCAAAGCCAUUCUUUUUAGGAGCUGGUUUUAAUCAGAGAAAAAAUGACAGGGAUGCCUGGGACAGAGUCUCCGUGUAGGCAAAUGGGAGAUUAGAAACAGCUUGGAUGUGUUUGUGCACACAUGUGUGCAACUGUCUAGCAUUUCCUUUCAGAUUCAUAUGCUGCUAAGCAACAAAAAGUAAAUAGAAUAUGAGGGUUUAUGUCAUCUGAAAAUUAAGUUGUCUAUCAUGUCAAAGUUUUCCUGGGAUCCUGGCAUGAAUCGGUGUUCUGGUGUGUUCUCUACAUAGCACCAGUGACACUUUGUCAUGAAUUCACGUCAUUCUGAGGAGUGUGAAGUUCUUAAUUUGUCUCAUAGACACUUUCUGUAGACCAUGCUAUUAACCGCACAUGUACAAAACGCAAGAACACAUGGUAUUAGUGGGUAAAAGGUGAUGAAGUGGGGCACUGAAAGGACUUUAUCAACUUUUCCCAUCUACUUUUGGCCAAACCAUUAGAGCCAUCCCUACUGUAACCUAUGCUUCAGUCUUUUAUUAUUAUUAUUAUCCUGAUUUUAAUACACUGGGGCAAUAUAUAUUCUGUAUGCUGGUGUUCGAGGCUAGCUAUUCAGUGCCUCUGUGCUUACAAUUCACAUUAGUCCUCAAGUGAGUAGCUGUGAGGCUUGACCUUACCAGCCUAAGAUAAUUCAAAGGCUAAUCAUAGAUGUCAAUAAAUUAUAGGUUAUAAGACAAGCUACUGUUAGAUAAUGCUUUUUAUACAUAAAAAUGAGUGCUCUAUUAUAGCAGUGUAAAUAGUAAUAAUUCCUUGAUUCUGAUUAUUUCCAUAGUAUUUUGAAGAAUGUCAUGUUUCAGAGUAAUAUUUUAAGGUGAUACCAAUAUUCAGUUACACUUUAGCAUUUACCCCUACAUGUAAUCAAUCCUUCAAUAAAAUGUGUAACAUGAGUGAAAUGUAAGUAGGCCUUUGAGGAAAUGAAACGCUUGAGGAAAGGAAAGCGAACCAGCAGGAACAACCAAAAGAUAAAAACAGAUGCACAAAGCCGUGAGGCAAUGGGCUUAUGAGACACCGUCUGUAGUAUAGUUGGUUACUGUGUUUAAAGAACUUGAAGACAAGCUUAAAAUGCCUUCAAGUAAAAAAUGCUAUGAAAAAUUAUGUAACAACUACAAAACUGAGUUUUUAGUUGACAAAAUAAAUUUUAAAAGACCUAAAUAAAUGGAGAGAUACACUGUGUUCAUGGGUUGGAAGACUCGAUACCCUUAUCAGUUCUCAUGGCAACUUAUGGGUUUAAAUCCCAAUCAAAAUCCUUACAAGGCAAUUCUGAAGAUGCUGAAGAGCUCACUUUAAAAUGCACAGGACCUGAAACAGCCAAAACAAUUUUGAACAAGAACAAAGUUGAGUGACUUACACCAACUGAUCUUAAGACUUACUGUAAAGCCACGGUAACCAAUACAAUGUGUUACUGGCAAAUAAUAGACUAUGACUCAAAUGAACAGAAUAGAGAAUCCAGAAAUAAGUCCAUGCAUAUGUGGUCAUUUUGAUUUCCAGCAAAGAUGCCAGGGCAAGUCAAUGGGAGGAAGGUAGUGUUUUGAACCAGUGGUGGUGUAAGAACUGGAUAUUCCUAUAGCAAAAAUAACCUUGACUUUUACCUCACAUCAUACAUAAAAAUUAAAAUAGAUCAUAGACCUAAACCAAAAAAGGCUAAUAUGAUAAAACUUCUAGAGGAAAACAAAAGAAAAUCUUGAUGACAUCAGGUUAAGCAAAGAUUUGUUAGGACACAAAAGACAUAAGUCAUAAAAGAAAAAACUUAAUUGUACUUCAUUAACAUUUAAAACCUUUACUAAUCAAAAGAUACUGUUCAGAGAAUGAAAAUGCGAGUCUCAGACAGCCACAAGGCUUUGAGCGAGUCGCUGUAGCUUUCUCGGUGUCUUUUUUGAAUUUAUCAAUGUGGUUUUUGUGAUCAAAUUAUGUAGAUUGUAAAGUUUCAUGUAAACAUAAAACAUUAUUAUUGUAGCUUUCUGAGCUAUCAGCAUUUCCUCUUAGCUGUUGAUUUUUGUUAGUCACUGUGCUCCCUCUGUACAUAAUGUUUUUAACUAGGGAGAAACAAACCGAAAGACAAGAAUUUUUCACACCAUGCAUGUCUAUACCUCACAUAAGGCACUGUGGCUCUUCCCAGUUAAAAGGAAAUGCCCUUCCUUUCUGUGAACUUUGAAGCUGAGAAGUGUUAUAAACAUAAUUUAAAGUUAAACAUCAGAAAAUUCUGGUCAUUUUUAUAAGCUUCCAGUGCGUUGGAGAGUUCUUUACUUCUUAACUCUCUUAGCAACUAGACUCCUCUUAAUUAAUUAUCAAUCUUAAAAUGUCUUGGACAAAAAAGAUGGUUUACUAUCUAAGCCCAUUUCUGGCUAAGGAGAAAAUCAUUUUCUUUUAAAUUUCCAUGGAUUAAAAAUUAUUCACUCAACUUAUAUUUUUGAGCAUCUGUAUGCUCAGUAUUGUAGAAGUCAUUGUAAAAGUAAUAAAGGUGAAUAAAAAGUGGUUCUUGCCCUCAGAGAACACACAAUGAAGGAAAAAAACCUAUAAUCCCACCUCCCUACCUAUUCCUUUACCCCUUAAAUCCCACUCAAAAAUAAAAAAGAGAGUACAAUGUGAUCACGGAGAUAAAAGAAGUACUUUGGGAGCUGAGAGCAUAGAGACAUCAUUUGUAGAUGGGGAAGUAGAGACUGCUGCAUGAAGGAGAUGGCAGUUAAGCUGGACACUGAAGAAUGAAGAUGGGGUUUUGGUAGAUGGAAAUAGCGGGGAGGGUGUUGGUGGGCAGAAGACACGGCUUGAGGAAGAACAGGAGGUGGGGGACAGGCACUGCAGAUCUCGGCAGGCAAAGGUGGGCAGAUACACUUAAGUGAAACCUUCGUUUUUUUAACUUAAAGUCAUGGAAGCUGAGGUAGUUUUGGCCCUAAUGUAAAUAUCCCUAACUAGUAAAAGAAAGUCUUAGAUAUUAUUCAUGAGACAAAAGGAAGCAGUGGUAAGUUAUUAAACAGGAGUGUGUUAUCAGAAAUGGACUUAAGAUAAAUUAGCCAAAUAUGGUGUGAAGGGCCGAUAUUGGAGCCAAGGAAACCGGAGUCCAGCAGUUCCAGGCACGAGGCCACAACGCGCUCAGAGUCAGGUGUGGAGCGAACAGACUACGGUGACGCACCACCCGCUAGGCAGGCAGGCAGGUUCGUGAGACAAGGGAAGUCACCAACGGGAAAUAUGCCAUUAAGGUCAGUUAGAAUGAGACUGAGGAAAUAAUCACUGAAAUGUAACCCAGCAUGUAAGGCAAAAAUCCAUGAGUCUGCGCUGAUGUAAACAUUAUUGAAUAAAUAGGGCAGAAGAAACAAUGCAGACGAAUGCUAAAUAAUUUAUGUAGAUACUUCA